CCCACCCCCCACCCCCAACAAUCGGAGUGCAUCUACCCAAAAUCCGGCGGCCUCCACCGAUGAACCAGCCGUCGCGCCUCCCGAGUUCCCCAAGUCGCGCCGCCACCAACCUGCAAUUCGGCGUUUAGAUAGAAGAGCGACCUAAUUCCCAAAUCCCGACCCCAAUAUAUCCAGAUCCAUGGCGCUCUCUACUGUAUUGUUCCACCCCAUCAACCUGAUGGAGCCAUACGCUGCCGGCUCCACCUCCCGACGCUCCGGCUCUCCCGACUGGGUCUUACUCCACAGGUCGGCGCGUUUCUCCGACCUCCAGAACUCAACCACCGUCAAGUCCAAGACGAGGGAUGGCCAGGCCGUCGAGGUGUCCUUCUGGCUCGUCCAUCCGCCGGGUGUCUCCUACUUCUCCGUCCACUGCCCCUGCCUGAAUGAGGAUGACUUCGCCAGCGAGCCCUGCGUCAUCUGCGCGGAGGCGGCCCUCGUUCUCUUCCGCGUAACCCUCAACAUCCCUGGUAAUUGGACGUCCACCCACCACUUUGUCUACAGAGCCGGCCCCGGGGAGCCAGCACUGCACCUGCUUCCGGACCCCAAUCCCAACUUUGCAGUGUCUUCAGCUGCAGCCCUGGAAUUUGGUCUCUUGCCGUUCCACGACGAGCACUAUGCCGUGGUAUUCCUAAAUCGGCACUUUACCAAAUAUGGGACUUGGCAUUUUGUUGUCGACCUCUUCUCGUCCAAGGAUCAGGCGUGGAGCACUAAGCUGGCCUUUCUGGGGUUAUUAUCGGAUUCUGUGUUAGAGCUUUUGGCCUCCCACGUGUCCUGCAAGCAGAUCGUGGUUGGGAGCAGCUCACUGGGUUGGGUUGAUCUUUUGCGUGGUAUUCUUCUUCUUCGCAACCCGUCCGAUAAAUAUCCUAUGAUCGAAUACAUCUCAUUUCCUGUGUCAAGGCCUUGCAUCACAGUCAAUGAAGGAUACACUGCCCAACGUUUUCGCGAUGUUGCCUGCUGCCAUAAUUUGAUCAAGUUUGUCGACAUCGAAUUUCAUGACCGUGGGUGCAGCAGAGAUAAAGGUUGGAAAGCCUCCACAUGGAACAUGAACAUUUUCUGGAACGAAUGGCGCCCACGCCUCACAGUUGAAGUUGCUGAUAUCUUGGUUCACCCAAGUUAUGAUGCUUUAUUGCCUGAGCUGCGGGACCACGAGACACAAAAAGUGGAUCUGAGGAAACUGAUUACACAUACCCCCACCCUGAGCAUGUAUGAAGAUGAUUUUCUCUACAUUACGUGCAAAGUGAAUGAUGAAGACCACAAGGCCUGGGUCAUCGCAGUGGACAUGAAGCUUGAGGCUGUGGUAGCAGUGGCCCCGUUUCCUGCUAAACAAGGCAACCUCAUGCCAGUGUACUAUCCAUGCGCGUUUCCCAAGCACCUCAACAUAACCCCUGGGCUUGAUGUGGCCAAUCCAGUGCGCAAGUAUUUCAAGGGGAUGGAUGCAGCGAAAUGUGCUCUGGAAAUUCUGUGGACUCAAGACUGGCUCAGGGAACUUGAUGAAUGGUUGGAAUUUGAGGGGUCAUGUUACACCGAUUGCAUAUUACUAGACUGUUGCCCAGUAUCAUCUCUACGUUUCAAUAUUCAAUCAGUAGUAGAAUAUGCUUCUUGUAAUGGUCGAGGCAAAGCUGCCUCCGAAGCUGUGAAUGUUUGCUUACGAGCUUUGGAAGAUUUCAAUUUCCAACUGCGCAAGUCACCGAGUGAUCCAGUAUUAUCCGCUGAAGCCUUGAGGAGCAAAAUCAGUACCACCCUUGGAGCUUUAAACACUGUCUUGCAAAUUGCGCCACAUACAAUGAUGGCGAGAAGAAGGAAGCUUCCAGAUGCCUGCCACCAAAGAAAAGGAAAACAAACAAUUGAACAUUGUGAGAAGCCAGGCGAUAACAGUGACUACAGACAUGGCUUUCCUGAUGAUGACCUGCUUGUGUCGACCUCAACAUCCAGAUCCAUGCCGCUCUCUACUGUAUCGUUCAGUCCCAUCAACCUGAUGGAGCCGUAUGCUGCCGGCUCCACCGCCCAACGCUCUGGCUCUCCAAACUGGGUCUUACUCCACUGGUCAGCAUGUAUUUCUGACCUCCAGAACAAAACCACUGUCAAGUCCAAGACGAGGGAUGGCCAGGCUAUUGAGGUGUCCUUCUGGCUCGUCGAGCCGCCGGGUGUCUCCUACUUCUCUGUCCACUGCCCAGGCCUGAAAGAGGAUGACUUUGUGGAAGAACCCUACGUCAUCUGUGCGGAGGCCGCCCUUGUUCUCUUCUGCGUGACCUUCAACAUCCCAGGCGAUUUGACGUCCACCCACCAUUUCGUCUACAGAGCAGGCCCCGGGGAGCCAGCACUGCACCUGCUCCCGGACCACAAUGCUCCAGCAUACGAAGCCCAGCAAUUUGGCCUCUUACCCUGCGGCGGCACUAACAACGAGCACUAUGCUGUGGUCUUCCUACGUUGGAACAAGACUAUUGGGGAUCAUAUGUUUGAUGUCCAUGUCUUCUCGUCCCAGACACAGGCAUGGAGUAGCAAGGUGGCAUUGCUGUCUUUAUCAGAGUCUGAGAACAAAUUUUUUUGUAGGCAUGAUACCUGCAAGCAGAUCACGAUUGGGAGCUCACUGGGCUGGGUUGAUCUCUUGCGUGGUAUUCUUGUAGUUCACAAAGUGUUUGAUGAAUAUCCUGUGAUCAAAUACAUCCCAUUUCCUGAGUCAAGGCCUUUCUCCCGAGACAAGGAAGAAUCUGACGCUCCUCAAUAUUUUCGAGAUGUGGCCUGCUGCAAUAAUAUGAUCAAGUUUGUCCACAUAGAAUCUCAUGACCCUUGCUGCACUGGAAAUAAAGAUUGGAAAGCCACCACAUGGAAUAGGAAGCUUUCUUGGGGAUAUUGGCGUCAGCGAUUCACAGUUAAAGUUGAUGAUAUCUCCGUCGACCAAAGUUAUUCUGCUUUAUUGCCUGAGCUGUGGGACAGCGAAACAGGAAAGUUAGAUCUGAAGAAACUAAAUUUCUACACCCCCACCCUCAGCAUGUGCGAUGAUGAUUUUCUUUACGUCAUGUCCAAGGUGAAUGAUGAAGACGACAAGGCCUGGGUCAUCACAGUUGAUAUGAAACAUGAGGUUGUGCAAGCAGUGGCCCCAUUUUCUGCUGGAGACAUGGACUUCCUCCCAAUGUACUGUCCAUGCUCUUUCCCCAAGUACCUCAACAUGACCCCAGGGGCAGAGAUAACCAAUCUAGUGCACAAGUACUUUAAGAGGAUGGAGGCGGAGAAAUGUACUGUGGAACUGCUGUGGACUCAAGAUUGGCUCAUGGAACUUGAUCAAUGCUUGGAACUUGAAAGGUCAAUUUACAUGGAUCACAGAUCACUACAAUGGUGUCCAGUGUCGUCUCUACAUUUCAAUAUUCGAGCAGUGGUAGAAUAUGCUUCCUCUAUUGGUCAAGGCAAAGCUGCCUCCAGAGCUGUGGAUGUUUGCUUACGAGCUUUGGAAGAUCUCAACUGCCUACUGCGUAAGCUGCCGAGUGAUGCUUUACUAUCUCCUGAAGCCAUGAGGAACAACAUCACUAACGCCCUUGAAGCUUUAGAGAAUGUUUUGCAAAUUGCGCCACCUCCAAUGAUGGCGGGAGGAACAAUGAUGGAUGAAGCAAUGACGCCUGCAAAUGCCCCAAAGAGACCAAAACCAAUAUUUGAACGUGGCAAGAAGCCAGGCCAUAAAACUGAGCACAUGCAGCCUGGCGGCAAGUUAUCCUAUGGUCGUGGCAAGAAGGCAGGCCACAAAAUUGAGCCCAUGCAGCCUGGCUUUUCCGAUGGCAAGCUAUCCCGUGGUCGCGGCAAGAAGGCAGGCCACAAAAUUGAGCCCAUGCAGCCUGGCUUUUCCGAUGGCAAGCUAUCCCGUGGUCGCGGCAAGAAGGCAGGCCAUGAGAAGGACAAAUGUGAUGAUGACCAGCAUCAAGCGGAACUUGACCGGCAACUGGAACUCAACCUCCAUGGCUCUUGGGGUCCCUGGUUGAGUUCUUUGCCCCAAGAUGUUUGGUUCAUUUUGGCGAUUGCUUUCAGUGCACUAGUACGUGCAUGCUUGCGAUAUCUAAAUUCGUAAUCUUCAUGCAAAGCCAAAGAUAUUCUAGGUGCUACUUCUUGCUUUAUUGCAUGUAAAUAUUUGGUUGUUGGUUUCCGUAUGACGAGCCUGGUUUGUAUUAAGCAGUGGGUGUUAGUUGAAGCCAAGUUCUGUAGCUCACUUUCUGUAUUCCUGUUCGCGGGUGCUUGCUGUGUGAAGCGGCUCACUUGUGCAGCUCACUUUCUGAACUCUUGCUGUGUGAAGCGGCUCACUUGUGCAGCUCACUUUCUGAACUCGAGAAUGAGAAAAUGAAGUGUCUGAACUAAAUCUGA